GCUGCUGGUCCGUGGGGAGGGGCAGUUUUCGCAUUCGCUUGUUGUUAACUCCGUCGUUUCGUUUCUAUGCGAAGCGAUGGCUCGAUAGUUGGUUUAGGGGAGCGAGGCAAAUAGAGGAAUACGUACGUGGACAUGUACGCGGCCCUGCUUGAUCUCAGCCUUACUGGUCCACGUUUCUGUCUCGUAGGGGAUCGAUGCAUGGGCGUGCACAUGUAGCUUAUUCUCAUGCAUCCUUUUGGUGCUUCGUAUGAGCAUCGCCUCUAAGUGAAGAUAAGGCAUCUGUCCCGACUACCAUUCCUUCUUCCUCCUCCUCCCCCCUUUUCUUUCUCUCCCUCUCUCCUGUCCACCAUCCUUCUAUAAAGACACAGAGAGAGAUCCCCGAAUGUCGCAGUCGCGUCAACGGCUUUUCCCAAAGCUGUGGCAGCACUACUACACCCGCGCCCUAAGCAUCGCCAAACCCGCCGCCCAAACGCAACGCAUCUCGCUCCUCCUCUUCGUCACAGCAGCAGCCGCAACAGCAACCGCCGCCGCAGCCAUGACGCGCAAAUCAACCUCCACCAUCUCCUCGUCAGCCUCCCACCAUCUCUCCUCCACGUCCGUCACCAAAAUCCAAGGCCGCGACAACUUCCCUGAAGAGGCCGCCUCCAACCCUCACCACGUCGUCAAGAAGAGCGGCGCCAUCAGCGGCUUCAAGAAUCCCUAUCCGUCCUGGUCGAAUCCGCCCAACUUCAUGUCCAUCCUGGGCAACGUCGUCUGGCCGACCAUUACCGGCGAGAUCAAGAUGCCGGACACGAAGCCGCCGACUGUGCCUGUUGUGAAGCCCGAAUGGCUGCCUUCGCGCGAUGCGUCGGACAAGAUCAGGGCGACGUGGCUGGGCCAUGCGUGUUACUACGUCGAGUUUCCGUCUGGAUUGCGGGUUCUGUUUGAUCCGGUGUUUGAGGAUCGGUGCUCGCCGUUUCGCUUCAUGGGGCCGAAGCGGUACACUCCGCGGCCCUGCGACCUGAAGGACAUUCCCAUUGUCGAUGCCGUCGUCAUCAGCCACAGCCACUACGACCACCUCUCUCACACGUCGGUGCUGGAAAUCCAGAAGCACCACCCAGACGUGCAAUUCUUUGUCGGGCUUGGCCUGGAAUCCUGGUUCCGCUCCAGCGGCUUGAAAAACGUCACUGAGCUGGACUGGUGGGAAGACGCCGAGCUGACCGUCAAAGUCCCGGCUGGCGGAGACAAAAAGUCCAUCUCGGCCAAGAUAUCAUGUCUGCCGUGUCAGCACACGUCGGCCAGAACUGCCUUUGACAAAGACACCACGUUAUGGUGCUCGUGGGGAGUGCGCUCUGGCGAAAAGUCCGUCUGGUUCGGCGGCGACACCGGCUACCGUGCCGUUCCAUAUCUCCCAGCCGAUGUCGAUGACUACGCUGCCGAAUACGAUUCUUUCCCCAGAUGUCCCCAGUUCAAGCAGAUUGGCGAGCAUCGCGGACCGUUCGACCUUGGCCUGAUCCCCAUUGGCGCCUAUGCUCCUCGUGCAGCCUUCUCGGCCAUGCACGCCAAUCCAUAUGACUCGGUCGAAAUCUUUCAAGACACGAAAUGCCAAAAGGCCAUGGGAAUUCACUGGGGAACGUGGGCCUUGACUAUGGAGGAAGUCCUUGAGCCCCCGCGAAAGCUGAAAGAGGCGUUGAAGCGUAAAGGCAUUGCCGAAGAAGGCGUCUUUGAUGUUUGUGAUAUUGGCCAGAGCAGAGAGUUUUGAACAGACGCCAUCAAUAAUCAACCGUAACAAGGGAAAGAAAACAGUAACUCUCAACUUACUUAUGAGGCGAAAGGCAGCAGCGUUUAACUCGGGCGGUUGCUUACAGCCAAGCAGUUUAAGCUUGCUUUGUAUUAUAUUAUUAGAACUGAUUCACCAUGGAAUUUUCCUUAUUUACCCCUUUCAAGUGCAACUCAUUAUAUAGAUCAUAAAUACCAUGAAUUUCAUGAAUAGUCUAUUUCUAGCGGCUCAUGUUUA